AUGGGUGACAUUUUGGAGCCGGGGAUCUGGGAGGAGAAGGAGGGAUUGAGGAGAGGUCCAAUAUACAAUACGCGAAUAUGGUUGACGGAUCUUUUGCGGCCGGCGAUUUUGACUCGAGGCAGAGGGGGAAAGCAGCAGAGUCGACGGACAGCAUAUCUGGAUGGCCUGCGAGGCUUCGCAGCAUUUCUGGUGUACUGGCACCACCAUCAAUUAUGGCCGCGGCAGAAUUAUUUGAUAAUGGGCGCUGACUACAUCUUCGAAAAUUCUUGGGGAUUUGGCGAUAAUUGGUUCUUCGCCGCCAUGCCCGUAGUACGAACCUUCUUCACCGGUGGUCACUUCGCUGUCUCUGUCUUCUUCGUCAUUUCAGGAUAUGUCCUCUCCGCGAAACCGCUCUCCCUCAUCCACUCCGGCGACACCGCGAAACUUGGAGACAGCUUAGCCUCAGCCUUAUUUCGGCGUUGGCUCCGCCUUUAUAUUCCCGUCCUCGUCACCACGGUGCUAUACUUCACAUCGUGGCAUAUGUUCGGCAUCUGGACAGUAUCUCCCAACCAUGAAGCCAAUUUCCGGGAUGAACUCUGGAAAUUUUAUGUCGAGUUCAAGAACUACAGCUUUGCGUUCAGGACCGGGGGUGAGGAUUGGUUGUCAUAUAAUUUCCCGACGUGGUCGAUACCUGUCGAAUUCCGUGGCUCGAUUAUUAUUUUUACUUCGUUGUUGGCUUUUUCGCGAUGCACGAGAAAUAUGCGGCUUUUCGGGAUGGUGGGGCUGAUUUUUUACUUUAUGUAUAUCGUGGAUGGAUGGUUUGGAUCAUUGUUUAUGGCAGGUAUGCACUCGGGACUCGAUUUACUUGCCAGGAACGACGAUUUACCCCGCAUCUUCAAAAGAUUAGAACGAUAUAAAACGCCAAUUUUUUACACCUUCUUUGUCGUUAGCAUGUUCCUUAGCGGCGUCCCUUCUCACUCCCGAGAAUACGAAGUCCUCCUCAAAUCCCCCGGUUGGCGACACAUUGCCUUCCUAACUCCCCAAGCAACCUGGGACUUCAAAUGGUUCUACCUCUUCUGGGCCGCCGUCUUCAUGGUGUCCGCGAUCCCCCGAAUCCCGUGGCUCAAGUCCUUCUUCGAGCUCCGCUUCAACCUAUACCUUGGCCGCAUCUCGUUUUGCCUGUACCUGAUCCACGGCCCCGUGCUCUGGACUAUCGGUGAUCGUUUAUACGUUGCAACAGGCUGGUAUCGACCGGAACAUGAAAUCAACACGCCGUUUUUGAUCAAUGCAUUUCCGAUGUCCAAGGCCGGACCACUGGGCCUGGAACCCAGCUUUUUGGCCCCGCAUUUGAUUUUGUUGCCGUUUACGCUGUGGGUGGCGGAGGUGGUCACUAAGUUGAUCGACGAGCCAAGUGUGAGGCUUGUAGCGUGGUUGUACAAUGAGAUGAAGGCGCCGAGUGAGCAGCAGAAGUGA